AUGGGUACAGAUGUUUGCUUCACAGACCCUGAAGAUGAACGUUGCUUCCUUGCUGGAACCUUCGGCUGCCAUUCUUGUGUGGAAGAUGGAUGUGGCUGGUUUGCCGGUGAGUGUAUUGCCACCUGCGACACAAUUGCAGACGCAACUUGCUACAGCACUGAGACAUUCACGGGCAUCCCUGUUGAUGGGAUUUGUCAAGAAGCCUUUGUUGACGAAGAAGACCACAGGCUCUGUUCAGAUCACGACAGUUGCAGUACCUGCACAUCAACUCUUAAAUCCGACGGGAAAACCCCUUGUCAGUGGUACACGGACGAAGAAAGCGGUAUGAAUUGGUGCGGAACCGGAGGCUGUGACUUUCUCGGGAGGUGCGGAGCCGAUACCUGCAAUGAACCUUCGCCAAGAUCGAAGACUCUUGCCCAGUCAGUCCAGAAGCUUGUUGAAAAGCCGAAGAGCACUUCAUGUCAAGCGCUGGCUUCUUGCUCUGAUUGUAUGGCAAGCUCGGGCGGAUGUGCCUGGGUUGCGGGGUCAUGCCAGGAUUCCUGCGACGAAAUUGCAGAUGCAGCCUGCUACACCUUGUCAGCCUUCCCAUCCAUGGUUGCCGACGACAUUUGCUUCAUGGCGAAGGAAGAAGUCUACAAUCAGCAGCAUUGCGGAGGAGCAGGAAACUGCCUGGACUGCACUAACACUGUCAUGGCCGAUGGCGAAAGCAAAUGCAGUUGGUUCACGGACGAACAGAACAACGGAUGGUGUGGCACUCCCGGGUGUGACAUGAACGGCAUCUGCGGAUCAUCUGAUUCCAGCAUCUGCGCCGAUCCCUUGAUCAAAAAUGGAAACGCAAAGGGCGAAUCUCACAAGAAGCACUCCAUUCUUGGACUUUUCCUUCCUUGA